UCUUAUCGGACCUAAAAAAAUUGCUAAUUUCAUGGUCAUCUGGCAACCAUCUCACUGGCCGUGACGACAAAAAUUCUAACACAGUAUUGACAAAGGAAUAAUCUUUUGUGUGCAAGUUAAACUUAUUGUAAAUCAUCUAAAUCACAAAAUAAUAAAGCAUACUAGUGUUACCAAGAGUGAGUGCUUAAAAUCAAAAUGUCAACUCCAGCCAGAAGACGCCUGAUGAGGGAUUUCAAACGUUUACAAGAGGAUCCACCCACUGGCGUCUCGGGAGCUCCGACUGAUAACAACAUCAUGAUCUGGAAUGCUGUUAUAUUUGGGCCUCAUGACACUCCAUUUGAGGAUGGAACAUUCAAACUCACCAUAGAAUUCACAGAGGAAUACCCAAACAAACCGCCGACUGUCCGGUUUGUUUCGAAAAUGUUUCAUCCAAAUGUUUACGCUGAUGGCGGCAUUUGCUUAGACAUUUUGCAAAAUCGAUGGAGCCCGACGUACGACGUGUCAGCCAUUUUGACUUCUAUACAGUCUCUACUUAGUGACCCCAACCCCAAUUCUCCAGCGAACUCAAUGGCUGCACAACUAUAUAAGGAGAAUCGUCGAGAAUAUGAGAAACGGGUGAAAGCUUGUGUAGAACAAUCAUUUAUCGAUUAGCUGAGGGCAGCUGGAUCUCGACAUCAGUGAUUUAUGCACGACCACACCUGCCGAUCACCGGCCAAUACCUCCAUUUUAUAUUCAUUGGGACAACAAAAUGGCCGUACUAACUCAGUUUGUAGGCUCUGCCGAAUAGAGCUAAAUGCUGGUUUAACUUUUGAAAUCAUAAACCAAUAGCUUGUAGUUUAAAUAUGAUAGUAACAAUUUAUAAAUGUAUCAUUACUCAGACAUAUAUAUGUAUAAUAUAUAUAUCUAUUUAGAAAAUUCAUAAACACAUACCUACUUAAUUAACAAUUUGUGCAAAUUAAGCAUGACUCAAUAUUAUACAAAAUGCAGGCACAUUUACUAAGAAAAUCGUCAAGCCAAACAAACUACACGUCUUUUUGUUCACACGCAUGUUAAAAGAUAUUAAUUUAUGACCAUACUCUAUGAACAUUUUUAGAUCUCCCUUAUUUGCAAGGUGAUUGGAUGAUUAUAUAAUGCUCUAAUGUAACGCUUAAUUAUCACUAUAGCAAAUUGUGUAAUGAUGAUUAUCAUAUAAAUCAUAGAAACAUAAAUUUACCAAAAUUAUUGUCAUUAUUUGCCCUCUAAUGAACUAACUUAAAAAUGUCUUAAAUCGUCCAUUUGUACUUUAAAGGAACAAUAAAGCUUCAUUUGGAAGAUGGAGAACCAUUUUAAUAGUAGGUUCUCAAAUACUCGUAUUGUUCCUUGUACCCAAUUAAAGCUUAAGCUUGUAUGUUAUAUUUUUUCAGUAAUUACUUUCUAACCACCCCAUCGUCUCAUGCAUGCUGAUGUGAAAUUAUAUGGGUAAAUUAAAUACCAUCAUGUCCAUAAUAUUAGAUUCUCUAAUUAAUUGUUUUAUUUCAUGUAACAUUAUUUUAUAGGUAAUAAUAAAUAAGGUAUAUUCAAGAUUUGCAAGAAGUUAAUCAGCAACAGACCUGUAAUAAAAUGUUGAGAUUGAGACUCACCUGAACAAUAAUUCUUAAAUGUGUGUAAGAUCUGUAAAAUUAAUCAAUAAUCAAUAUACCUACUACUUAAAACUUCCAGGAGUUCUGAGUGUUGCUAUAUGUUAAAUUGUAAUUAAUUUUAGAGUUAAUAUACUUCAAGUAGUAUUUACAUUCUAAUCAGAUAAAUGUUACUCAACUUAUAGGUGUUUUACUGUUUUUUUUGCCACCUACUUUUUACUUGUUUUUUUGUUUACUUAAAAUAAUACAAGUUUUGGUUCGCUUCUAUUUACUUUCUUUAAAUGUAACGUUUACGAUCUACCAAAUGUCCCAAUGGAUGUUUUCUGAAACACUGUAGCAGUUUUAUUACUAUUUUUAAAAUGUCUUUAAAGCUAAAAGUUUCAAUGACGUGACAUAAUUGUAUGUACCUAUCUAGUAAAUAUUAUUUUCGGUUUUACAA